CAGUCUUCGCCUUGAGGAGGAGAGCCUAGUGAAAACAGGAACAUUUGUAGAUCGUUAAGUCGUCUGUGUAAAAAUAAUAAUAAUAAUAAUAAAGAGGGGGGGGAAACUAGCGUGACAUUAUUUUUUAAUCUAAAUUUAACGGGCUGCAGUGUGUGCGCGAGACACAUCUGUGCGCGCAUGACCUGACCGUUUGAAAGCGCGUGCUGUUUGAAAUUGCGGGCUCUCACGAGCUAAGGCUCAUUCGCUAGUUAGCUAGCUAAGUAGCUAGCAUUAGCUGCUCAGCUAACAGUCUUCAAAAUCGUAAAUAGUAACGAUAAUGAGCUCCAGCACUAAAGUGGUCCAGGUGACUAACGUGUCUCCGAGCGCGACCUCGGAGCAGAUGAGGACUCUGUUCGGCUUCCUGGGAAACAUCGACGAGCUCAAACUCUUCCCACCAGAUGAUUCUCCCUUGCCUGUGACUUCCCGUGUCUGUUUUGUAAAGUUCCUCGAAUCUGAAUCAGUUGGCGUUUCGCAGCAUCUGACGAACACGGUCUUCGUGGACAGAGCCUUGAUCGUCGUCCCAUUCGCUGAAGGAGUGAUCCCUGAUGAGUCCAAAGCGCUGUCGCUGAUGGCUCCAGCCAACGCCGUCGCAGGGAUGUUGCCAGGCGGCGGGCUUCUCCCCACACCCACUCCAGUGCCAUCUAUUGGUGGUGUUCCUCUUGGCUCCCUGGGUGGGCCUGGCAUGGACGCUAUGGCAGCUUUAGGUAUUCCUGGACCCAAUAUGAAUCCUCAGUCGUUAUCGGCGGAGCAGAUUAUGAAGCUCAUGGCAUCUAUGGAUCCCAAGUUAAAUCCACUGGCUGCUGGAUUAAACCUAAACGCUGGAUUAAAGGCAGAUGCGUCAAACAAGGAGAUUGAAGAGGCCAUGAAGAGGGUGAGGGAGGCCCAGUCUCUGAUCUCUGCUGCCAUCGAGCCUGGAAAUAAGAAGGAUGACAAAAGGAAGCAUUCAAGGUCAAGUUCAAGGUCACGGAAGAAGAGAUCGAGGUCUCGCUCCAAAUACAGGCGUUCCAAGAGCCGGUCACGGCGACGGUCUCGCUCCAGGAGCAAGAGGAGGUCUAAGAGCCCUCGCCGGAGGAGAUCUCACUCUAAAGACAAGAGGAGGCGCUCCAGGUCGAGGGAUCGGAGAAAGCGCUCGAAAACCCCACCAAAGAGCUACAGCAGUGGCAGACGCUCCCGCAGCAACAGCCGCAAACGCCACAGGAGGAGCCGCAGCAUCUCGCACUCACCGAAAAAGUCCAGAUCUCCAAAGAGGAGGCUCUCUAGAUCUCCAUCACCCAGGAGGCAUAAGAAGGAAAAGAAGAAGGACAAGGAGCGAGAAAGAGACCGGGACAGAAAAGAAGAGCAAAACCGAGACAAGCGAGAACGUUCCACCAGCAAGAAGAGCAAAGACAAAGAGAAGGAGCGAGACAGGAAGUCAGACGGCGAGAAGAGCGACGUGAAGGUGAUCCGGGAUUACGAUGAAGAAGAGCAGGGCUACGACAGCGAACACGAGGAAGAGCGGGAAAGGAGCCCGGACAUGGCGCCGUCUCCGCACGCAGACGCCGGGAGAGGAGACUCGGACCAACACAGCGACGAGCAGCAGGACGAAGACAUGGACAUGAGUGACUGACGGCAUGCACAGGAACACCACAUGAUUCUGUUUUAAUAAUCUGCUCAUGCAACAUUUAUGGUUCUAAAUUAAAAGUGAUAGUUGGCCAAAAGUUAAGUUUAUUUCAUUUUUCCCUUACGGCAGAUGUAGUCAGUUAGACCAGACGUGUUUGGUGUUCACAAUUUGCUCCUAUUGUUUUGUACUGGAAUGAGCCAAACAGUAUGUUUUGAGUGUGUGUGUGUGUGUGAUUGAUUCAGAUGUUCAAAUGUCUGGUUGAUCAGCUACAUUUGGAAUAACAGGAACAUUGUGUUAAAGUCACAACUAUCACAUUAAAGUUAUUCGCUGCAGAGCUGACGUU